UACUCCUUGGUGGUGUACGCAGUGGCAAAAAGAUCCGAAUUUCAUUACCUACGCACCACUUUGCGGCUGCCAAUUGCCAAAACGAUGCACUAGCAACGGAGAAAGUGUCCGGAAACCAGUGCUCUACACCCCGUGCCAUCGUUGUCCUCACGAUCGGCCUCAGAAAUCCUGCCGUAUCCAGUGUGAACCGAAACCAUCUUCACAAUGUCCUUCCUCGGGCUGCUCAGCUACGUUUCGCUACUGGUGCAAAUAAGCUUCAUAACCGUCUCGAUCGCCGCUGGCCUCUACUAUCUGGCGGAACUGGUGGAAGAGUACACGGUGAUCGCGAAGAAGGUGAUCAGCUGGAUGGUCCUCGGUACGGCCACGCUCUACGUGCUGUUCAUCUUCACCGAAAGCUUCCCCUGGUCGAUGGUGCUGUGCGGGCUCGGCGCCCAGCUACUGCACGUUUUUAUUCUAACCGACUUCCCCUACGUGCGGUUCCUGUCGCCCGCGUUUCUCGGCGCUGUGAUAUUGCUGCUGGUGAACCACUACCUGGCGUUCGUGUACUUCCAAACGCAGUACCACGCGUUCACCGAGGUAAUGGCUUACUUUACGCUCUGCCUCUGGCUAGUACCGUUCGCCCUGUUUGUGUCCCUGUCCGCCAACGACAAUGUGCUGCCGACGAGCAGCAACGAACGGACGCACCUGCUCGGUGGCAAUGACGAUGUGGUCACGAACUACUUCUCGAGCCGGAAAAAGGUGGGACUGCUGUCGCUGUUCAGCUACGCGAAGGAAACGCUGCUACCGGAGCGCAACAAAAAGUCCUUCUAGGCAGGUCGACGGCUCUCUGUUGCAUGGGCCAAUAACCCUUUUGUACGAUACCUUCUCGCUUUCCGCCAUUUAAUUUCUAUUUAUUACGAUCUCCCCGUUCCGUUCAGGGUUGUAGGAGGAUAAUAAAGACAAAAGUAAAA